GGGCAGACGGCGCUCCACAAGGCCGUGCGCUACGGCCACCACCAGUGCCUCACGAUCUUGCUCGAGGCCGGCGCGGACCCGAACCUGUGCGACGGCCGCAAGCAGACGCCGCUCCACUGCGCGGCGCUCGGCAACCACUACGAGUGCCUGAACCUGCUCCUCCUCCACGGCGCGUCGGUCCUCGCGCGCGACGGCAACGGCAAGCGCGUCUUCGACGUC